UCCACGUUUCUGUUUCAUCUACCGUUGCAAUGCAACGGCGAUCACAGGUACUUCCGAUCCAGUACGCUCAUCGGCGUUUCUCGAACGGAUUACUAGAGGAGCCUUCUUCAUCGGCCCCUUCCCCGGAGUUUGGAGGCGACAAUAGCAAUCCGUCAUGGCUUGCAGCAUCUCUCUCCACCGAAUCCACUUCCUCUACUUUCCCCUCAAACCCCUCUCCGGUUCUUUCUUCUCCUCCACCACCGCUUUAACGCCAAGGAUGCCACUUCUCUCCUCCCCCUCCUCCGCGUUCUCUAGGAACGGGGGCGUCGGAUUCAACCGGAGCAAACAGAUGCUCUCGGCCUCCGCUUCCUUAUCCGACGACCUCCGUCCGGCCCUUGGCGAGAAUCCCGAGGGAAUCAUCUCCGGAGAGUGGCCGGAGAAUUUCUCGCUCCUCAGCUUCGAUGACCUCCGCGCCUACCUUGAGACCCAGAUCAUCAGCGAGAAGACGAAGCCGUCAGCUACGCUGGAUACAGUGAUGUCGACGGAGAUCCGGACGGCGAGGCCGGAGCAGACGCUGGAAGAGAUCGACCACAAUUUCGAGGUUGUCUCUGGGCUUCCAGUCGUCGAUGAUGAGCUGAGGUGUAUCGGUGUCAUCUCCAAGAAGGACAAAGCCAGAGCAUAUAAUGGGUUGAAAUCCAAGGUCGGUGAAGUCAUGUCUUCUCCUGCAAUCACACUAUCCCCUGACAAGACGGUCUUGGAUGCUGCAGCUUUAAUGCUUAAGAUGAAGAUCCACAGGAUACCUAUUUUGAAUAAAAGUCAGAAAGUUAUAGGAAUGGUUACUCGCACCGACAUUUUCCAAGCACUGGAGGCACAGGAGGUAUAAUCCAUCCUUUAAAUCUCUCCUGCCUGUUUUGUUUAUAAGGAAUAAUUGGAAAAGAUGCUUUAGGAUGGUAUGCAGCUACGGCCUCCGGGUCCUAAUCUUGUAUAGUUGGUGAUGCUGUGAUGAACUGUUGUUUCAUAAUACUAUGCAGUUGUGGCUUCUAAUUAUUAUUUUUGUAGCA